AGUCCAUAUUGUCAUGUCCAUGUUCCAGUCCAAUUGAACUGUUACCAAGUUACCAAGUUACCAUAAUUCAUUAAAUUAUUACAACUUGAACUGCUUCAACUAGUUGGCAGAUUACUAGCAAAACACAUUCUUAUCGACAAUGUCCUCCACAAAAGUUGCAGUGGUAACUGGCAGUAACAAAGGUAUUGGAUUCGCAAUUGUAAAAGGUCUUUGUGAGCGCUUCGCUGGAGUGGUAUAUUUGACAUCUAGAGACGUAUCUAGAGGAAAGGAUGCUGUAGGCAAACUAGAAAAGCUGGGAUUCAAACCUUUAUACCACCAACUGGACAUCACUGAUCAGACUAGCAUAAACAAUUUCAAAAAGUUCAUUGAAACCACUUAUGGUGGAUUCGAUUUGUUGGUUAACAAUGCUGCCAUAGCAUUCAAGGGAGAUGCUAAAGAACCGUUUGGUCAUCAGGCAGAAGAAACACUCAAAGUCAACUACUUUUCCACUCUCAACUUUUGUGAGGCUGUUUUUCCCCUGCUCAGACAGAACGCGAAAGUUGUGAACCUUUCCAGCUCUGCCGGGCAUCUGAGCAGAAUUCCCUCGGCUGAUUUGCGAACAAAGUUGAGCAGCCCAGAUUUGUCAAUAUCGGAACUGAGUAAACUUAUGGACGCAUUCGUGAGGGAUGCAAAGGAUGGAACUGCUGGCGAGAAAGGCUGGGGAAAUUCCACCUACGUCGUCUCUAAAGUCGGUCUAACUGCUCUGACCAUCAUUCAGCAAAGGUUAUUUGACAAAGAAGAGCCAAAUCGCAACAUCUCCGUCAAUGCCGUCCAUCCGGGAUAUGUAGACACGGACAUGACCAGCCACAAAGGACCGUUAACGAUCGAAGAAGGGGCCAAGGCGCCUCUAUUCGUGGCUCUUGAUGCGGACUGGAAAGGGAAGUACGUGUGGUUCGACUGCAGAGAGGUUGAUUGGUUUGGAGAUGCGGCACCUUGAAUUAGAUACAUUUGAAAUGUUGAUAUUACUUGAUAUUAUUUUUCAUAUUCAUUAAAUUUCAUCAAUCUUCA